GAUGGCGGCCCCCGUGGAAAGCGAAAUGAGUGUCGGCUGCAACGUCAACCCUGAAACAAAACAUCCUCUGCAACCGAACCAACGUGAAUAUCCCACUGUAGUUGAGAGGUAUUACACAGCUGGCUAUAUAGCAGAUAUGAAUGGCAACUCAUGUGAAGAUUUCUGCAUCUUAAAACAUUCAAACAAAGUCUGCCUGGUAACAGUGGCAAAAGGUCACCCCAUUCUACAGCCUAACAAAGAGAUAGUUAAAGUGGAUUUCCAAGUUGGCGCAAACACCAACAGAAUGCAAAACAAAGUAUCCGGUAAAAGAAAGAAGGGCGGACAAUGGCUGAACCAAACAGCACAGCUGUGUAAAGUACAUUGCUCUGACGACAGUUCUUACGCCAUGUACAGCUGUAUCAAUGCUAAACUCAUCGAGGCCAAUGCUACGCUGUUGGACCAUCCAGAACUUAUACAAAGCAAGCCCGGCACUGAGGGCUACAUCGCCAUCGUCCUACCCAAGCUCGGUGGGUGUGACCAACAGAUGGAGAAACUCCUCACCCUGGACGAUUACGAGGCUGUCUUGAAAGCGAGGCUGGAGACAAGUGGAGGUCACAGCGAAGCAGAGGGAGGAAACGUCGAGAGUAAAGAAUGAUGAACGUCUUACCCAUGACGUACCAAACCGCUCUCGGGCCGAAUGGAGGGUAGCAUUGAAACGGGUACUACGGAAAUGUCCAUACGCCGACUGCAUAUCUUUGGCGAUUCAAAUUUCUUGGCUUUCUAUUUAUUGGUUUCUAAUCAACGUUUUUUUUUUAUGACG